AUGGCUUGCGGAAAAAGGGGGGCAACCGUAUGGAGCGUGAUGGUGGCGUUCAAGUCUGGAUCACCGAGGGAAGAAAAGGAAGGAGCGGAAAUGGCGCAAAGCAGAAUCCAAAGAAAGGGCUUGACGACACAAAGUGGGAGGAAAACGAGGACAAGAUUCACAGAGGAAGAGGAAGAGGAAGAGGAUGAGGAAGAGGAUGAGGAAGAGGAUGAGGAGAAGGAGACUUUGUCCCCCACGAGCAGCCGAGUUUGCACAACAACAACCGCUGCCGUUUACCGACAGCCGGUCCCGCUUGCUUCAUGA